CAGAAAAACGUGACUCAAUUUCGCCAGGAGCGGACGAUGACCGCGGUGCAGAUCAGGACCAGGAUUCCAACGACCCGACCAUGGACUACAACGACAAGCUCAAGUCGUCCCCGGGGCCAUCGGCAUCGGUGGAUUCGCUUCUCAACGGUGGCAUCGGAGGAACAGGACUGGGCAGUCUGGCCAACAACAAGCAACGUCGUUCGCGAACCAAUUUCACACUGGAGCAGCUGAACGAACUGGAACGACUGUUUGAGGAGACGCACUAUCCAGAUGCUUUCAUGAGGGAGGAACUUAGUCAACGGCUGGGACUGAGCGAGGCUAGGGUGCAAGUCUGGUUUCAGAAUCGACGCGCCAAAUGUCGAAAACAUGAGAACCAACUGCAUAAAGGUAUAAUUCUAUCCAGUCACAGCCCACCGGUGACAACCCCCUUGGAACCGUGUCGGAUAGCACCGUACGUGAAUGUGCCAUCGCUAAGAGGUGCUGGAAGCGUGGGUCCACCAGCCGGAAGCAUGACGUCUCCACCGGGAGUCAGUGCAGCAGCUGCUGCCGCUGCUGCAGCCGCCGCCGCUAGCCAUUCCGGAUUCCCGGCGGCAGCGUUUUCCGCCUUCGAUUCGGCAUUCAUUUCGGCUGCUGCGCAUCAGUACGCGGCUGCGCUCUCCUCCGGAACCGUACCGACGGGGCUGUUCUCGCUGUCCCAGUACCGACCGAGUUCCGCGGCAACGGCGGCAGCAGUGGCCGCAACAGCUGCUGCCGCCGCGGCUUCCGUUUCCCUGCCCGGAUUCACCGUUGCGCAUGAUAAAAAUUCCAGCAUCGUAGACCUGCGACUGAAGGCGGAGAAGCACAAAGAGAAUCAAAAGAAAAUUGUGAAUAACGUAUCGUCGUAAAAGUGUAGAGGGAAAGGAGGUCGGUUUACCGAGGUGGAAGAAGAAAUUCAUCCCCACCCACGGACGUUGUCGGAAGUAUAGAUAGACAUUCUUCAGAAAGAAGAAAUAGACCCCAUGUGGGGCACAUAGUGCGUAAUGCAGUUGUCGAUAGCUUCAAUAAAAAGAAUAAAC